AUUCGGUCGUCAAAGACAUCUAAAUCCACGGCAAGCAGCACACGAUGGCUGCACCUACUAACGGCAGUCUGCAUCGCUCCAACAGCAUGUCCCAGGCAUCCGAGACCUCACAAACCGCACAGCAAUACAUCGCCUCGCAGCUGGCUCUCGAGGAAGAUGCACGUGAGGCACUUCCCUAUCAGUUCGACACAUGCACAAAGCCCCUUGGACCGCUACGACAAUCGAUAUACGCCUGCUUGACCUGUACACCGCCGCCCGCCUCGCCUCACCAGCAGUUCACACCCGCCGGAGUGUGCUAUAGCUGCAGUAUCAGCUGUCAUGGCGAGCACAACCUGGUCGAGCUGUUCACGAAACGAGAUUUUGUCUGCGACUGCGGGACAACGAGAUUUGAAACCUCUGGUACACCAUGCACGCUCCGCACGAACGCAGAGACUGGUCAAAAGGGCGGCGUGACUGGGGAGAAGGCCAGAGAAGGCAACAAGUAUGAUCAGAACUUCGAGGGCAAGUUCUGCGGUUGCAGUGAGGAUUACGAUCCUGAGCAGGAAAAGGGCACCAUGUUCCAGUGUCUAGGGCUGGGACAUGUGGAAGAUGGCGGCUGCGGUGAAGAUUGGUGGCAUCCUGAAUGCCUAAUGGGUUUGCCCAGGAUCAAGCAUGAGCCGCGCGUCGAGACAAAACCAGAGACCAAUGGCGGAUUGGACACUGUGAAAGAAGAGGUUGAGGAAGCUACAGAAAAUGCUGCAGAGAACGGGACAACUGCAGCACAGACAGAUGAACCGCCUCUGCCUUCGGGCUUCCCCGCAGAGGACGACUUCGACCAUUUCAUCUGCUACAAAUGCGUGAGCGCGUAUCCUUGGAUCAAGCAAUACGCGGGCACCGCUGGCUUCUUAGCUGGACUGCCCGCGAAUGCCGCGCUGAUGGCAAACGCCCAUGGAGAGAUCGCACAGCGCUCAGUGUCUUCAAAUACCGACGACAAUCGCAAGAGAAAAGCCGAGGACGCAGAGGACUCGCAGGAGAGCAAUAAGAAGCUCAAGUCGGAGGACGAAGCACAGGGCUCUGCACCGCCAGAAACGGACACCGAUACCAAACCGGCCACGAAUGGCACUUCGGCUCCCAAACACGCUUCGCUGCCUGCAGCGACUUCACCUCCAAUAUCGCUCUUCCUCAAGGAGGAUUUCCGUGAUCACCUCUGCAAAUGCGUCGAGUGCUUCCCGCGCCUGUCCAAGCACCCUCAACUGCUCGAGGAGGAGGAAGCGUACGAGCCGCCAGUUUCAGAAUCCGACCACAACGAGAAUGCCUCCGUUGGUGGGCGCAGUGUGAAUUCCGGGUCCUUACUUGAUCGUGGUGAGGCGGCCUUGUCGUCAAUGGAUCGCGUCAGAGCCAUUGAGGGCGUCAUGGCGUACAAUCACGUCCGAGACAAAGUUAAGGCCUUCCUCCAGCCAUUUGCGGAGAGUGGGCAAGCUGUCGGUGCUGAGGAUAUCAAGGCAUACUUUGCGAAGCUCCGAGGCGAUGAGGCUGCGCAGCGAGAUGCCGCCGCUGGCGCGAGUACUAGUGCAGUACAGGGCGAUGGCAGAAAAGAGCAAGAUGGUUAUUGA